ACGUGGGCGCAUGCGCACUGCUAUACACAAGACGUUAGCAGAGCAGUAGCCGCACAAGUCCACAAUCUCUAAAUAAGAAAAGCGGAGAUUUUGCGCAAAGUAUUUGUUCUGAAAUGUUUCGCAGGAAACUGACUGCGCUAGACUAUCACGACCCGAACGGAUUUGAAUGCUCAGAUGAAACCCAGUUCAGGAACUGCGUCGUGUGGCUGGAGGACCAGAAGAUCCGACACUAUAAGAUCGAGGACAGAGGCAACCUCAGGAACAUUCCCAGUUCAGACUGGCCCAAAGCUUAUGAGAAGUACCUGCAGGAUCUGAACUGUCCCUUUGGAGUUCAGGAGAAGAAGGAGGCCCUGGACUGGCUGCUGGGUCUGGCUGUACGCUACGAAUAUGGAGACAAUGUUGAAAAGUAUAAGAACUGUCAGCCGCUGGACACGUCUGCUAACAGCGAUAAAGCCGUGGAUCCUCUCGUCAACCUCGACAGUAACUCCCCAGAUUUUAAAGCAGGAGUCACAGCAUUGGCCAACAUCCUCAAAAUACAGCGGCAUGACGAUUACCUGGUCAUGCUAAAGGCCAUCCGUAUCCUGAUCCAGGAGAGACUUUCACCAGAGGCCAUCACUAAGGCCAACCAGAACAGAGAGGGUGUUCCGGUUGCUUUGGAUAAACACAUUCUGGGUUUCGACACUGGAGACGCGACCCUGAACGAAGCGGCCCAGAUUCUGCGCCUGCUGCACAUCGAGGAGCUGCGGGAGCUGCAGACGAAGAUCAACGAGGCCAUCGUCGCCGUCCAGGCCAUCAUAGCCGACCCCAAGACGGACCACCGGCUGGGCAAGGUCGGCAGAUGAGAGGCCAAAGUCGCUGGAGUUGAUUUGCAGAGAAAAGCAACUUUUUUUGUUCAAAGACAUCUGAAGGAAAUGGGUUUUUUUUUCAGUUGUUGCAUGAGAUGGGCCAAUUUGGACAAACUGAGCAAAGAUCCAAGUUUCAGAGGCAAAGAUUUGUUUUCUUAAAGAAGGGAAACUGUUGUUGUAGUUCUGGUAAAGAAAUGAAAUUCCUCAAAAGUG